UCUUGUGUGUGAUUGUGAUAUAUAUUUCUAUGAAGGAGUUAGAGAGAGAAAAGCGUGUGCGUGUGUGUGUGAGAGAGAGAGAGAGAUGAUAGAGAGAUGGACACUGAGAAACCGGAAUAAGAGGCAAGCGGAGGUCGAACGUGAUGGUCAAUUUCCCUCAACACACCUACAUGGCAGUUGAGAAUCGACCGAAGACCUUUGCUUUCUUUCUUCUUCGUAAUCUUUUCUCACUUUCCAGAUCUUGCAGCUGAUUUUUCGAGCUGGGUUUAACUUCCUUGAAAGAUUUUAUUCAUACGUAGUUGCAGAGAUUUAGAGAGAGAAUAAGAACAGCAAUACCCUCGUUCUCGUUCUCGUUCUCCCUCUUUUCUUUUUCAGUCAUGAGAUCAUCUCUUCGUAUUUCGUUUUCUUGAUUCAUCGAUCGUCGAUCGUAGUUUUUUUUCCUCUCGUUCUGGAUUAGGGUUUUAUUCAGUUAUCGUUGGAUCUCUAUCACUUCACAGCUCGUGAGUGUUUGUUUGUUUGUUCUCGAUUGAUCGAUAUAAAUGGAGAAAAUCAUUGGGGAUGAAGAUCGUAUAGAAGAGAGGAUGAUCGGAUCGCCUUCUAGCGACGGAAAGAUGGUGAUAAAACUCAAGAUUCCGAAGCUCGCGGCGGCGACAGAAGGUGAGAAAUCGUCGGAGGAGGAUGUGAUCGGAAGCUUCUCGACGUCGAGCUCGAGAAUAGCGAAAGAAGGUGAAACGAUGAAUCAAGGAAAAAGGGUUUGUCCUGAAUGUAAAAAAGAGUUCAGCUCGGGGAAAGCAUUGGGAGGUCACAUGAGGGUUCAUGUUCAAGCCGCUAACAAGAACACUUUUCUAAAACACUCAUCCAAAACAACUAAGUUUAACAAAGAUGCUUAUCAUGAUUUCAACAAUGGCGAUGAGAAUCUGAAGAAACAACAUCAACAGCAACAAGAAGAAAGAAAACCCUAUUAUGCGAGCUGCGUGAAUGAUGAGGGUAAACCCACAUGUUCUCUAUGUGGAAAAAUCUUCCCAUCCAUGAAAUCACUGUUUGGUCAUAUGAGGUGUCACCCCGAACGACUAUGGCGAGGCAUUCUACCACCUCCCAACACCCCAACCCCAACCGCCGUCGCACCCCGCCGUAACCUAGUUAGAAAUAAACCAAGCUAUUUUGCUUCUUCCACUUCUUCUUCGUCUUUAUCUGAGAAUUAUGUGAACGAAGAAGGCAGCAACGUCGUUGAUGACGGUGGCGCCGGCGGCGAUCAGGUGGUUGAUUUGACAAAGUUUUUACGGGGAUGGUCGGUGACUGAACGGAGAGGCCGUAGGGCGUUGAAAGCAGCUGAUGACGAUGAGGUUUUACUGGAAGCGGUGGAGGAUCUCAUGAGCUUAGCUCAUGCCGAUCCAUCUCCGGCGGAAUCCGAUGUUACUCAGAGGCAGUUAGGAGUGGCGCCGGUGGUGGUGCUUGAGCGUUCCAACAGUAAUUCUCUAACAAAUAAAGAUCAUCAUAAAAUCGACGAAAAAUCUCCUUCUAUUCAUCUUCCGGUGUCGACAGGGAAAGGAAAAGCAGCUAUGGUGGAAGAAAUCGAACCGGUGAAAAUGGAGUUUGAUGGUAUGAUCAAGAAUUUUUCUGACAACGAAUCCGAUUGUAGAAACACCCAACAUUUACUGAUUAAUUACAAAUACAAGAAUCCAUUCAGUAAUCCUUCUUACAACAGUCCUACCAAGAUAAAGAAGAGGAAGAAGAUGAAGCUGAUGAUGGAAUUGGAACAGCUCCCCAUCGUCGCCGGUGACCCAACUCUUCCACCACCUCUCCUGCUUCCAUUGUCAUUGUCAAUACCGGAACAUCAUGAGAGUAAAUACAAAUGCACCACCUGCCAUAAAUGUUUCGCAACUCAUCAAGCACUUGGUGGGCAUAGAUCAAGUCACAACAAGACGAAGCUCACAUCAACAACCGAUCAUCAUCAUCAUCAUCAGACUGAACCAGAGGAUUACGAGAGCUCUCUAAUGAAUCUAUCCGGUGAACAUGUGGAGAAAGAAGUCGAAUUUGCUGCUGAUGCCAUGGUGACUCUGGGGAGCAAUGGUAUACUUCAUCAAUGUAAAAUCUGCGACAAGAUUUUUCCAACAGGACAAGCACUUGGUGGGCAUAAGAGGUGCCACUGGACUGGAACCAUCGAAGCACAAGCAGCUCCGUCGAGCCAAAUCACCUCCACCGGAGAAGCAGCUAGUAGCGGCCGCCGGAAAGGUCUUGACAUUGAUCUGAAUGAGUUUCCUCCGGCUACAAUGAUGGAAGAUGAAGCUGGAAAUGUAAAUGGAAAUGGGUAUGCUUCUUCAUCAUACAACUCAAACAUGGGUUAGUUUUUUUUUUUUUUUUUUUUUUUUUUUAAUUUUUGAUUUUAUCACCUUUUCAUUAGAAUUAGUAGUAGUAGUAGAUGAUUUCCCAAACGGAUUUUCUUUUCUUUUCCUGAAAAAAUGAUCACUUUUUGGGAAGUGUUAUUAGAUAUGGCUGGUGUUAUGUGUUUGAAUUUUAUUGGUGAUGAUGACAUGCAAGAGUGUUUAGCAUGGGAUUAAAGGAAAGUUCCAAAAUACCCUUUUUUUGUUGGUUUCUUUUGGAUGAUGAUGAUGAUGUCAUAAUGUAAGCAAGGUUGCAUAUGUACUAGGAAUAUAUUGGACUUCAAAUGGGAUUAAUCAAAU